AUUUACUCAAUUGCAUCAAAUCAUGGAAAGACAGACUUCUUAUGUUCGAAGACGAUUGGUUUCAACUCGAUCUAUUUCCAUAGAGAAAGUAGAGAAGUACAAACUAAGUUCAUCGAGUACACCGUCCCCUUCAGAAGAAAACAAAGGCUUUUCCACAGGAUAUUAUCACAAAAAUAUCUUUACAGUUAAUGGAUAUGGUUCCGAAGUGACAGAUGGAAAAGAGACACCAGCCUUUGACAAUUAUGCAUAUGCCUCGCAUGAGGAUGACAAUGUUUUUAAACCAAAAAGUGAUAUUUAUUUUGACCCCUCUAGUUUACAGAGAGGUGAAAAAGGAAAAAAGUCCCGAGUGGAAAGUGCUCGGGACGAAAAUGUGCCAAAAAAGAGAGGAGAGAAAGGAUGUUUAAUGUUGUUGUGCUUUUUAACUUUCCUUGGCUUAUUGGCUGGAAUAGCUGUGAUAAUAUACGUUCAAUUUUUCAAAGAAAAAUCUCCCGAUCCAGCUACUCAAGCUUCACCUGUGAUAUUAAUAGGCAGCAUAACCUUAAAAGAUGAUUGGAAUGAGGAUCUACGCAAUUCCUCGUCACCAGUUUUCAAGUCUACAUCCACUAACAUAUCUGCAGAGAUGGAUUUCAUUAUGCAAAAUGGCAAUUUGUCACAGUUUUAUAUGGAAAACAAAGUAUUGUCCUUCAGUCAGGGAAGUAUUGUGGCCAUAUUAGAGAUCUUCUUUCGCCCAGACUAUGGGUCAGUUUUCCAAAAUGUUGAAGAAUUAGCUUCAACAGCAGAACUUCAUGUUAUGGCGGCUGUACAAAAUGGAUACACAAAUCUCAAUAUUCAGGCAGUCAACUUAACUGGAGAAAUAAAGACUUCCACCACUUCACCAUUAAGCACAAUAUCAUCUACCAUUUCAUCAACAACAUCAACAAAAGUUGUUAGUACACCCUCAAGCACACUUUCAAUGUCCACCACCAGUUUUCCAUCAUCAUCAACUCCUGAGGCCACAACUAUCACAACCACUAAUACACCUGAACCAACAACCACUACAACUCCUGAACCAACAACAACCACAACACCAGAACCAACAACCACUACAACUCCUGAACCAACAACAACUACAACACCAGAACCAACAACCACUAUGAUGGAAUCAACGACCACUACAACUCCUCAACCAACAACCACUACAACACCUGAACCAGCAACCACCACAACACCAGAACCAACAACCACCACAACACCUGAACCAACAACCACUACAAUGGAAUCAACAACCACUACAACUCCUCAACCAACAACCACCACAACACCAGAACCAACAACCACCACAACUGAACUUUCUUCAACACCCGAGACAACAGAAUCUGCAUCAACAACACCAUUACCAGGAAUGUGUAUGCCAUUACCAGUGGUGAAAUGUCAGGCCUUGGGCCGUAACAGCACAAUGCUUCCUAAUUUUUUUAACCAGACAACGAUUCAGGAGACCUUGACCCCGUUUGAGAUGUUUAAAAUGCAGAGUUGUUCUAAUAAUGCCUUGUUGUACAUCUGUGACAUGAUGUAUCCAAGGUGUGAAGACGAACAUCUUCCAUGUAGGGACACCUGCUUGAGUAUUCAGAAAGAAUGUGGGAGUAACUUUGAGCUGGCAAAAGAGCAGUACUGUGACAACCUACCCACUAUGAACUGUAUUGGUCCAGCAGUGACCACUACCAGUACCACUUUAGCCACCACUACCACUUCAUUAUCAACUAUACCCACCACUAGUACAACUGUGGCACCAUCUUCAACUGUUGGUUUUUGUAUGUUGCUACAAGUUCCAGAAUGUCAGGCAGUUGGCCAUACUUCUGUCAUGUUUCCCAAUCCUUUCCAGCACAAUUCUAUUGAGCAGGCGUUGGUUUACUUUGAGCGGUUCAAGAAUUCAAGCUGCUCACCCAGCUCCAUGUAUUAUCUGUGCAAUAUGCUUUUUCCCAACUGUGAUCCCUCCACUGGACUUUUGCGUUAUCCAUGCCAAGAUCACUGCAAUGCUACCUAUGAUUCUUGUCCGGCCUUACCUGUGGCUGGCAUCUCGUACUGUGUUCAGCUACAGACUGCCAACUGUGAACCGAAAUACCAGGAACCAACCACAACAACCCCAAAACCAGAAACUACAACUCAGCAAGAACUGUGUUUUACCUUACAAGUACCAGAAUGCCAAGCAGUCGGCCAUACUUCUGUCACAUUUCCAAAUCUGUUUGAUCACACUUCUAUUGAGCAAGCAUUGGCCUAUUUCAAAGCAUACAAGAAUUCAAGUUGCUCACCCAGCUCCAUGUAUUAUCUGUGUAAUAUUCUUUUUCCCAAGUGUGAUCCCUCCACUGGACUUCUGAGUUAUCCAUGCCAAGAUCACUGCAAUGCUAUUCAACUCACCUGUCCUGCCUUAUCGACUCUGGCUAAUUCAGCUAUAUGUUCCAGUUUUCCAACAGCCAAUUGUGUACCAAGUUAUCAAAAACCAGAUUCAUGUCUUCAACUACAAGUUCCAGAAUGUCAGGCGGUCGGCCAUACUUCCGUCAUGUUUCCGAAUCCUUUCCAGCACAAUACUAUUGAGCAGGCAUUAGUUUACUUUGAGCAGUACAAGAAUUCAAGUUGUUCACCCAGCUCCAUGUAUUAUCUGUGCAAUAUGUUUUUUCCCAAGUGUGAUCCCUCAACAGGAGUUAUCACGUUCCCAUGUCAAGAACAUUGCAAUGCCACCCAUGAUUCCUGUCCUUCCUUGGCUGUGGCUAGUAUCAAUUAUUGUGUCCAGCUACCAACAGAAAAAUGUGAACCAAGUUACCCAGAACCAACCACUACAACUCAACAACCAGAAUUGUGUUUCACUACCACUGUACCAGAGUGCCUUGCUGUCAAUCAUACGAUCUUUACCCUUCCCAAUGUGUUCGGUGAUACAACUGUGGAUGGUGCUAUUCAGAGGUUUAAUUCAUACAAGAACCAGAGCUGCACAGAUAAUGCAAUGUUUUAUAUCUGUAAUUUGUUAUUCCCCAACUGUGAUGUCAAUACAGGGGUCAUGCAGUUUCCAUGCAUCAGUCUUUGUAAUGAUGUAAAUGCAGAGUGUCCAGAUCUGAUACUAGCCAACUCUGCUUACUGCCAGCAACUCCCGCGGACAAACUGUGUAGGACAAGAUACUUGUCUGUCUAUAAAUGCACCAGAGUGCACAGCUCUUGGACUAAAAUAUACUACCUUGCCAAAUGUAUUUGGACACAGAGAUCUUGAUACUGCCAAAGCAUAUUUUGAUCAACUCAAGCAGCAGAGCUGUUCAGAAACGGCUUUAAUCUACUCAUGCAUGAUGCUUUUUCCACCCUGUGAUUAUGCAACAGGAGAAGUGAAAUAUGCUUGCAAGGAAGACUGCCUAGCCAUCAACCAGGAAUGUGGAAAUGGAACCCAGUUAGCCAAUCCUUUGUAUUGUAACCAGCUCCUUGAUAUCAGCUCUGGUAGAUGUUCUCCAGUAACCUCCGUCACAACCACUACCGCUCCAACCACCACUACCACUGUCGCUCAAGAUAUCUGUAUGGAACUACCAGUGCCUGAAUGUCGGUCUCUUGGCCAUAACAAAACACUGCUACCUAAUGGAUUUGGACACACAAUGAGUGAUGCUCGAUCCCUGUUUGACUUGUUAAAGGACACUGCCUGCUCUCAGAGUGCUAUGUACUACCUGUGUACCUUUUUGUUUCCUGGCUGUGAAGUAAAUGUCCAAAGAUAUCCCUGUAGGGAGUAUUGUCUAAAUGUACAGGCGGAAUGUGGUGUUAACUUUACCCUGGCUAGUGAUCAGUAUUGUUAUCGUUUUUCUGAUCAGGGCUGUAUAAGCUCCUUCCCUGGGGUCAUUACCACUGUGACCCCCACCGCAACUACCCAACCAAGGCCAAGAGAAAAUUGCAGUGAGACUGAACAGUACACUUGCCCUGGUGAUGGCCACUGUAUAAUGAAAAAGUGGCUAUGUGAUGGGGAACCUGACUGUCAGGACCAAUCAGAUGAAGCCAACUGCAGUUCAUGUUCAAGUACUGAGUUUACCUGCCUAGAUAGAACCUGUGUCCCAGCUCAAGAAAGAUGUAAUAAAGCUCCAGCUUGUCCUGACCAAUCAGAUGAAAGGAAUUGUGUAAGCUUAACCACCCAGUCUAUCCUGAUGCUGCCGUAUCAAGAGAGGAGCCUACCACUGUGUUAUCAGUCAUGGUCGGAUAGCUAUGGAGAUGAAGUCUGUCGGGGUCUUGGACUAGGGAACUUUACUUAUUCCAAACCUGUCACAUAUUACAACCGUGACUUUGUUCACCUGGACAAUAAUGGACAGGUACCAUCUUAUCUAGGAAACAUAAUUGUCAGGUCUGAAUGCCAGAAUGCUCAGGUGGUGGAAUUGAAGUGUAAGCCCAGAGGUUGUGGUCAGCGAUUGGUCGGUUCCUCACAGACCGGCUUUAUAAUUGGGGGAAAUGAUGCUGUUCCUGGUCACUGGCCCUGGCAGGUGUCUCUCCAAAUAAAGCUGGGGGAUAAUGUGAAACAUAUCUGCGGGGGCUCUCUAAUUGCCCCAAACUUUGUUGUCACAGCCACUCAUUGUCUAACUAUUCUCGUGGAAAGAAAUGUACUGCUUGGAGCUACAAAUCGGGGUGUUGUUGAAAUCACACAGAAGCAAUAUGGAAUAAAAAGAAUCAUCCAUGCAAAUGAUAGAUUUGUAAAGUAUGGACCAGGGGACAUAACUCUGUUUGAGCUAGAUGACACAGUCAAAUAUACACCUUACAUCCAGCCAAUUUGUUUCCCGAAGGAAGGGGAGAAAUUUACUGAGACCUCCAUUUGUUAUGCUACAGGCUGGGGGUUCACUUCACCAGGGGAUACGUCCUAUUCAAAAAUGCUAAAGCAGCUGAAGAUGCGAUUGUGGGAUACCAAAAAAUGUAACAGCUCAAGUCACUGGAACGGAAACAUUACUGGCGGCUACAUAUGUGCCGGAUACGAAUCCAGCCUUAAGUCUGUGUGCACAGGAGAUAGUGGUGGCCCCUUGGUGUGUAAGGAUAAUGCUGGAAUCUGGAAACUUGUCGGCAUUUCCAGCUUUGUCUCCAUCAACUGCAAUGUAUCACACCUUCCCAAUGUUUUUACUGAUGUCAAGACUUAUCUCCCCUGGAUUAAAUCCCAAAUAGAGUGUAAAUUCCAAUGUGACAAUGGAAGGUGCCUGUAUGACAAUGAUUUGGUGUGUAAUCGACAAAAUGACUGUGGUGAUAACUCAGAUGAAACCAAAAUCUGUGAUAUUUCUGUUAACUGUACCUUUGAUGACAAUUAUCUCUGUGGAUACAAUGUUUCUGGAUUCAUCUGGAGCUACGGAUCCAAUAAUUCCCAAGCACAGUCCAGUUUUCCCUGGACUGACCACACCAUUGGUCAUUAUCCAGGACAUUACGUGCUUGGAAAAUUUGGAUUCAUGUCAGAGGCAAUUCUGACAUCUCCGAAAUUCCAGACAAUUUCUCAGUCCUGUGUAAGAUUCCACUACAAUCGACGAGGAGAGUUGUAUGAUAACAUGCUGGUCCAGACCAUUGAGUACAGUCCUACAGGCACAGCCUACCCAGCUAAUACCCAGUACUUAAUUGGUCCUGGGAGUUAUGAGGACAAUUGGAGGAUAGGUUUCUUUGACCUGAGUGCUGGGACAUACCAACUAGUGUUCAAAGUCACGGAUAAACUGAAGACUGCAAUAGAUGAUGUGCAGGUCAUUCCAGGAACUUGUACUGAAAAAGUGUGUGAUGCUAAUUUGUUCCGAUGUGCAGAUGAUAAGGGUAUCCCUGUUUGUUUGCCUCCAUCCUCCCAGUGCAAUGUAGUGAAGGAGUGUAACAAAGAUGAGCUCAAUUGUCAAGCCAAUGUCUCAAAGUAUAACUGUGAUUUUGAGAAGGCAGUGCAGUGUGGGAUAUCACAAACUACUCUAGACAAAGGAGAAUUUUUAUUGACGAAUGGAUCCUACCUAAGGAAGGUGGUACUGUUUCAAGAGGCCUUUAAUGAGCACACUAACAAUGAUCCAGAUGGGUGGAUGUUGUUUGCGUUAACCAAUGGACAUCAGCUGAUCGGAGACAAUGUCACAAUGACCCAGAAUCUAGUUUUGAAUAAUCAGCUGUUCUGCCUGACAUUCUUUUAUCGAGCCAGCACAGACAUGACAUUUAAGGUGAGUCUGAAGACUGCAGAUGGCAUGUAUGAGUUAUGGAACUUUACUGACAGAAGCACAUCUGAUUGGACAAAAGCCCAGAUGCAGCUCCCUCUGGUGUCUGAUGCUGAUCUGACUUACCAGCUUGUCAGACUGUCUCCAGCCUCGAACAAGUACUACAAAGCCUACAUGGCUAUUGAUGACAUCAGUAUAACACCAGGGGAAUGCCCCAACUAUGAUUGUCCUGCAGGAACAUUAAAAUGUGCAUCCGAGAAUUACUGUUACCCAAACACAAGUCGCUGCAACAGAAUUGUGGACUGUCCUGACGAAUCUGAUGAAGCAAACUGCUCUUGUAGCAGUACUGAGUUUUCUUGUAACAAUGGCCGCUGCAUCCCACAAUCCUCCAUCUGUGAUACGAACGCUGACUGUUUGGACAGAUCUGAUGAGGGAGCCAUUUGUGACUCUCUCCGCAGUGUGACUUGUACAUUUGUGAACCUUUUCUCGUGUGGGUACAUGUCAAAUGAGGGCAGGUUUACUUGGCUGAGGUGGAGUGGGAGUACCCCAUCAUUUUUCACUGGUCCUACAUUUGAUCACACAAUAGGGGAUACAACUGGACACUAUUUCUAUGCAGAGGGCAAUGCAGGAUAUGCUGGUGAUGUUGCAACGUUAACAUCUCCGAAUUUCACAACUGGAGUUGGUCAGAGUCUUGGAUUCUAUUACCACAUCCUAACUGAGAGUGUCUUUUACAACAUCCAGUCAGAGGGUUUGUCUAUUGUGGCUCAGUAUUCAGAUGGGCAGAGUUUUCAGCUGUGGUGGCAAAACCAAACAUCUGGCAAUGAAUGGGCAUAUGGCUGUGUCAACCUUCCAGAUAACACUGAAUUAAAUAUUCAGUUUGUGGCAAAGAGGAUAGGAUUGGAUAAUAAGGGAAUAUUUGAUGCUGAUAUUGCUAUUGAUGACAUUGCAUUACUGCUUUUGCCAUGUUCUGGUGUAGAUGGAACAAGCAUUUCAACUCCAAAACCACCAGAUGUAUCAGACACUACAACAACUUCAGAACCAGAAUGUGGCUUCAGAUGCAACAAUAAUUACUGUAUCAAUGCAAAUCAACGAUGUGAUGGUAUGAAUGACUGCCGAAAUGGUGAGGAUGAAUACAACUGUCCGUCAUAAAGGUAGACUACGGCACUAUACUUUAUAGGUAGAUCUGUCUGAUGGGUGCUCAUUCAAUUACACAGCGUUACUGUACAGGUUGGUCUGCUGAAAGGUGCUGUUAUAAACAUUACAUGGUUGUUGUCUCUAUAUAUAUUUAAUGUGAUAUUUUGAUUUUAUGAUGACUAUUCUUUGGAUGUAUUUUAAUUAAUGGUAAAAAUUCAAAUCAUUUUAUAUUUAUAUUGCAUCUUUGAGGUUUGUUCCUAGAUUGGCCAAUAGCUGUCUAUGUUCUUAACCUUUGAACUUUUAUUUUACAAUGACAAUUGUUCAGUUAUUAUCAUUUUACAUGAUUGUACAUUAUGCAUCAUCACAGUUUUUAAGUUUAAAUAUUUUUCAUUCAAAUAAUGCUGGUGUAUUUGUAAAUAAUUACUUUAUAUACAUGUAUAUCAAAAUGGCAUUUAAUAAAUUUACAUAUCAUUGUAAAUAGUUUGCAAAAUUAUUAAUGCAUCAGAUCAGAAUGGACUUAAUGUACAUUAUUAUAUGAGACAUUAUCUGUGCCAAACGCAAUCAUACACUGUAUUUUACUUCAUUGAUGUGUGGAAGUUUGUAUUUUAAUGUAUGUAAAAUUAUGUGGAGUAAAUCAGAAAAUGUAAUGAAAUGAGAAAAUAUGUAUUUUUGAGGCUUGUCAAUCAGCAAACACUUGAUAUGUAUAUUUGUGCUAUAUAAAUCUGACACAGCAAUAUUGCAUGCAUUUUUUUGUCAUAUAUUUCAAUCAUAUCAUUUUUUUUCUUAUGCAUAUCUUCAGAAAUAAUUCUUUUUUGUAAAAGCCAUGACAUUACUAGUCACAAAUUUGUUAUAUGUAUGUCACACAGACAAAUUCAUCGCCUAGUUGAUAUUUUUAAUUCAUAACUGCAUUCUCAUUUCCAAAAAAAAAUCAACUUUUAACAAAGUUUGUUUAUAAUAGAAAUUUAAAAAAAAAAAAGUAAAAUCAUUUCCUCUUUAUUUUAUAAUUUGAAUAACUGUUGCUUCACUGAUCAUGCAGGCAUAGAUCAUUACAGAACCAGCAGAACUCGGUACUAGUUACACUUUUGGAGUGAAUUUAACCUUUUAAAAAAAAUCUUAAAGUUUGUUGAAUAUGUAAAUUUUAUGUUUGACACUAUCAUUGUCUAAAUAUUAUUCAAUAAUUAUGUCCAAUAAAUUAUUUAUAGCAAUG